UAAUAGCUGCGAGCGGAUAAUAACUGAAUAACGAUAUCGAAUAAUUGGCAAUAACAAUGAAUAGCAAUAACUGGGCAACGGCAAUAAUAAUUGAUUAAAGACGAGGUAAAGAAAUUGUCGUAAUGGCAAGCCCGAGUUAUUUUCCUAUGCGUAAUAACAAUAAUUAAAUAAUAAAAUAAUUGGCCGAAUAGAGCAUCACUCGACAGCCAUUUUAAAAGUCUCGUCUUGUGAUUGGUUGAUCGCGCUUUCCAAUUGAGCUGUUUACGUUUUGCUCUGUCGACCUAAUCUGAUUGAUUUGAUGCUUUGACACCACCCACAAAAACAUUUAUAUACAUUUGUGUACAUUUGUAUAAAAUAUUUAUAUUAUUUAUAUACGAAUACAACAUUUUACUUCGCAUCUAUCAAACUGAUCUCUGCAGAAAUAGUGAAUUUUCAUGAAUUCACUGUAUGAUUUGAUGGUUGUACGAUGUUUGAAAGUUACAAAGAGUAAAUUAUUUGGAUAAAUUCAAGCGACUAAUAUAUUUGAACAAUAUACAUAUUUCAUUUGAGGUUAUGGGAAGAGCUUGUUGUGUCUUGGGAUGUGUCUCAGGAGGUGACGUACCUUCUCAUCAAAUACCCAAGAAUCCAGACCUCUUUAGAAAAUGGAAGAAUGCGAUUUAUUCUACAAAAAUUGAACAAUUGACCGACGAACAGCUAAGCAAAUGUACUGUGUGCCAUCAUCACUUUAUUAGUGAGGAUUAUUUAGUAACAUAUAGAGUGAGAAAAUUGAAACGUGGUGUCGUGCCUUCCGUAAAUCUGCCAUAUAGACCAGUUAAGGAAGGAAAUAUAGAAUCAAAUGCAAGCAUAAACAUAUCCACGGAAGUAAAAGUAAAAGUAGAAGAAACUAUGGAAGAAGAGGCAAGUACAUUUGCGGUUGGGUUAUUUGAGGAUCUUCCAGAAACAUUGGAUUUGCUUAAGCAAUCUUCAAUUCCUGAAGAAGCAUCUGAGCAAUCAUGUCAACAACUUGACAUGAAUAUGGAACAAAUCAGUUUAAUUCCAGAUGUAUCUAAAGCAAUUUUUAAAACCGAAACAUCAAAAAGAAAACUAGUAAGGCUAACAGAAGAGCAAUGUCAACGUAAAAAACAAGCUGAGAAAUAUGCAAAAGCACCUACGAUACAAAAGCUCUUAUCUUUUCUAACAGUUACUGAAAGAUCAUCUCUUCAAAGAAAGAUAAAAAGCUCUAAAUACGCACCAAAAGUAUAUAUAAGACUAUAUCAUGAUAUUGCUAAGAAAAAAGCUCUUAGUCAGUUGUGAAAUGUAUUUAUUUUAUGUUAUAUUGAUUUUAUGUUCUAAAAAAGAGGCAAAAAUUGACUGAGGUACCAAAUUAUCUAACACUUAAGAAAGAAUGUGCUCUAAUUGCAAGAUACCAUUUCCUAUAUCAUAUUUUAAGUAAAAAUUUUACCCGAAAAAGUAUUUUUUUGUUUUAUAAUGAAAAGGAAUAAUAUUUUACUUAGAAUAUUCCCUUUUUAGUUUUAAAAAAAUCAUCUUGCAGCUAUAGCAUAAGAGUAUUCUAAUAAGAAUGAAAUUAUAUUUUUUUAGAUGUAGUCUUCUAUAUAUUUUCGAGAAGACAUAAUUUAAUGUAAUCACAAUGUAUUAUAAUUGUGAUGCAAAUUGUAAUUUUAAUAAAAAUUGACACAAAAUUCUGUGUAAAAUUAUAGCAAAUUUGUAUACCGAGAGAAUAUAGCUUUACUAUAAUUACAAAAAAAAGUAAAGAUUUCUUUUUACAAUGUCUGUAGGAUUCUCCUUAGCGAAAUACGUUGAGGGUAAUAAAAAUAAUUGCUCGCACAGCGCGUCGAUCGAUACAACGGUGGUUUUACUGUAUUUUUAAAAACGAAUACAUGAAAUAUACAUUUAUAAUUUAUAUAAUUAGUAGAAGGGUUAAUUUUUUGUUUCUGUGGGGGAAUAGAAUCUAAACGCUAUCUUAUCGUUAACGACGUCGCAGAGAGUACAGCAUAUCCUUUCUGAACACAAUCUUCAUGGGGGGAUUCUGUUGAGCAUUUUUACUCAUUGGCGACUCUUCUACGCGCAGAGAGAAUCUCUAUGAUAAUAAACCGUUGACCGAUCUGGGAUCUUAUUUUCGAAAAAUAUCGCAUACGAUAUUUCUAUGAAAAACUAUAGUUCAUGUUACAUAUAUUAUAGUUUUUUAUCGAAAUAUCGUAUAUGAUAUUUUUCAAGAAUACGGCUCCUGGUGUAACUAUCCGAGAACCGGGUAGUCAUUUACUUGUGUGUCCUCCGGAUCCCGGGCGAACUAAAAGCGAUCUGUUCGUUCAUGAGAGGAUACAAGUCGGAGGUACAGCGAAUACGAACCUUUCUUAGAGGGAUGGUGGGCGAGAAUUAACGUUGCGAUUACAAAGUGUUCUCGUACGUGACACAUACACCCAAUAGAUCGUCUAACGAAUUAAAAUAUAAAAAAAAAAAUAUUCUCAUCUCGAGAAUUAUUUAUACAUUUAUUAAUCUAUAUACAUAGUCUCAAUUUAUAUAUAUAGAAUACUUUAGAUGUACUAGGUGGGUUUUUACCUUUUACGUACGUAUUUCAUUCCUCGCUUAUCUCUUCUUCCUCUUCUUGCUCCUCUACGUUCGUUAAUUACGAGAUGCAAUUUAAGACGUGGUCAAUUCCGCGAUCGUUUCUUCACGAUAUAGCUGAUACUUUGCAUCUCCGAAAUUAGGAUAUACUUUCUUUACUCGCGUACUAUGAACGAAAACGCAAAAUCAGUAGAACAUUUUACUGUUUCUUUUUUCAAAUUACAACUGAGAAACUAUAGUACGACGACGGUAGCGAAGUCGUUUUCAAGAAUCCGCAAGAAUGAGUCACGCGGGAUUUGCGUGCGUAAAAGGUAUUCUAAAGGGAAAGUGUGAAUACGAACGGAACAUCGUGGUUAGUGCCAUAGUAAUGCGUUCAAGGCCGAUAUGAGACUAUGAAAUGAUUUUAUCUUUCUCUCUUUUAAAUAUACCUUAUUGUACAUAAAAAUAAUGAAAAUAUACAUACAAUAAUAAUU